UUGUGAGUUGUUAAAAUGAAUGAACAAAGUUUCUGAAAAGAAAAUGUGCUGAACGGAAAACAGAGCAAACCCAAAAGCGCAAUUAAAGAAAUUGACCGAUACCUGUGUUAGCCUACUAAAAACUAAUUAUCAAGUCUCACGAGGUGUAUUUUAGGCUAUUUGUGUCCCAAAGAAACUUCUACUUAACACACACAAGUCACUCGGACACAGAUCUAAACGUUUGUAUCCCAGUGACCCAGCCAAAUGUGAUCACUGAAUUAAUAUUAAAUGAAUCUGUUAUCACUUGAGUUAAGUCACAUGUGACUGAUCUUAAUUAAAACUGAUGUCGGAUGGAUGCGUGAGAUCAACAGCAGGUCUAAGAUCAAAUUCAAGUCGCAUCUCUAGUGUUUUUGCCGUAUAUAAAACAGUAGGUUAUCUGUUGUGUUCAGUUCAAACUUUGAGAGAAAUCCUGGUUCUCUGAUUGAUCUUCAGUCAGACCUUUAGACGCCAAAUAAAUAGUUUAUUAUUUAUGCCGCUUGCUUGAGUUUUCAGAAACGCACUGCCAUGACUCUCCAUGUUUUUCUGCUGGUUAUAAGUCGUCACUUGUGCUUUCAGCAACAAACAGUGUGUAAUUCAGCAGCGCAGCCGCCCGCUCCGUGUUUAUCCAGCAGCGCGCGGAAUGAAGCCCGUAUUAUCCUGCCCUCUCUCUCCCGGGAGCUUGAACAAACCCACAAACCUUCAACAGUAGCUUGUUAGCAGAAGUGAAGCUAAAAUAACACACUCACACACUGACGCCACCGUAUGACUGCUGGAAAAAAGACCAAUCCUAAAUAAAGUCAAAGCCUCAGUGUUUGUAGCAGUUUUUCCUGAACAGGUUUAUCUUGUUCGGAGUGCUGGGUCAUGAACAGCCAAGAGGUUUUUCAGCAGAUCUAUAGGCUAUCCUGAGAAAGACGGCGGAUGGAUUCAUUCUGAAAAGAACUGAGAUCGUGUAAAAAUUAAGCGAGUUAACGUUCCAUUGGAGGACCUAAAGUAAAUAAUAAUAUAUAUAAUAUUUUAAAAAGCAUUGGCAACUGAUUUUAGUGAAUAAACUUAAAAACCAGAGGCCCUGCCAGAACAACUAGACCUUCCGCAGACAGCUGUGGCCGCAGAGCGAGGACCGAUGUCGGCGGAGGAGCACAGUAUGUCCGAGGUGGAAAUGAGUCCCGGGGUCUCGGACGACGGUCACUCCAUGUCCCCCGGACACUCGUCCGGUGCUCCCGGCGGGGCGGACUCCCCUCUUCCCGGUCAGGCGUCUCAGAUGCCGGGCGUCGGUGAUGAUGCGGCCGGGGUCUCGGUGAAGUCCGACGAAGACGACGACCGUUUCCCGAUCGGGAUCCGUGAGGCGGUCAGUCAGGUGCUCAACGGUUACGACUGGACGCUCGUACCCAUGCCCGUGCGCGUGAACUCGGGCAGUAAGAACAAGCCGCACGUGAAGCGGCCGAUGAACGCAUUCAUGGUGUGGGCGCAGGCCGCGCGCAGGAAACUGGCGGAUCAAUAUCCGCACCUGCACAACGCCGAGCUCAGCAAAACACUCGGAAAACUCUGGAGGCUGCUGAACGAGUCAGAUAAGAGGCCAUUUAUCGAGGAAGCUGAGCGUUUGAGGAAGCAGCAUAAGAAAGAUUAUCCCGAGUACAAGUACCAGCCACGUAGACGCAAGAACGGCAAACCGGGAUCCAGCUCUGAGGGUGACGCCCACUCUGAGGGCGAGGUCAGUCACAGCCAAUCGCAUUACAAAAGUCUGCAUCUGGAGGUGGCUCAUGGCGGAGCCGCAGGAUCACCAUUGGGCGACGGACACCACCCUCACACUACAGGUCAGAGUCACAGCCCUCCGACGCCCCCUACUACUCCUAAAACAGAAUUGCAGGGUGGUAAAUCCGGUGAGGGCAAGCGCGAGGGCGGAGCCUCCAGGAGCGGUUUGGGGGUGGGAGCAGAUGGAAGCUCCGCCUCCUCAUCGGCCAGUGGAAAACCGCACAUCGACUUUGGAAACGUGGACAUUGGCGAGAUCAGCCAUGAGGUGAUGGCCAACAUGGAGCCGUUUGAUGUGAACGAGUUCGACCAGUACCUGCCGCCCAACGGCCACCCGCAGUCAUCGAGUGGCACAAGCGCUGGGUCUUCGGCUUCGCCGUACACUUACGGCAUCUCCAGUGCGUUGGCAGCCGCUAGCGGUCACUCCACCGCCUGGCUUUCCAAGCAGCAGCUGCCGUCCCAGCAACACUUGGGAUCGGAUGGCGGGAAGACGCAGAUUAAGAGUGAGACGCACUUCUCCAGUGAUGCAGCGGCGAGCGGGUCACAUGUCACAUACCUGCCACACUACAGCGCCGCCUUCCCCUCGCUGGCGUCCCGCGCGCAGUUCGCCGAAUACGCUGAGCACCAGGCAUCCGGCUCGUACUACGCUCACUCAAGCCAGACCUCUGGCCUUUACUCCGCCUUCUCCUACAUGGGCCCUUCGCAGAGGCCCCUGUACACCGCCAUUCCAGACCCCGGCUCCGUGCCGCAGUCACACAGCCCAACACACUGGGAGCAGCCCGUAUACACCACCUUAUCUCGACCAUGACGCGAUGUGCUGGUUUGGUGUCCAGUCGAUGUAGGGUCCAACAAAAGUGUGACUGAAUAUCAUGACAAACGCUCACCUGCACCACAGUCUACACAGACAGGAACCUGAGAGAAACUUGUGUGUGUGGAGAUCUGCAGGGAACAUAUUCUCACGUGCCUCAGGCUGAUAAAACCUUCACAACCGACACAGAUUCACUCAACGCUAGACGAAUUAAAGGAGGAAGAAAUUAAACACCUGUGGUCCCUCAUGAAACAUAUUACCAAAGUUCUGAGACCAAAACAUUAAACAACAUCCGACAAAAAUAGGUGCAGUUUCUGAACUCUUGAGUGGCAGUAACACUCAAACCAAACAUCAGUACCGAAGUCGACCCGCUCAAACACUAGAUCACUCAAACUUCACACACAAACUCACAACUGAUGAUAGUAUCUGGAAAUCCAUGUUGUUGUGGUUUUGUAUGAGUGAAUAAUCUCUUUUUAUUAACCAAAACAAGGCCAUAUUGUUUUUAUCAACAAAUAAUGACGUGUUUUCGUUGUUGUAAUCGUUUCUAGUGUUGUUACUCUUGUUAUUUGUGCUGCCAUAACUACACUGAAAAGUCUUCACCACUGUCUAGUGUUUGUUAAUGACAUUAGUGUUUUAUGACUUUCAGCGUGUGUAAAUAUCAGUGCCAGGACGUGAUAAUUACUCGUCUUUACCUUUUACUCCAAACACAGGCAAUAUUUCAGUCAUCGGAAUUAACCAUUUCCGGUUAAUAAAGACUUUUUUUUUUUUUUUUACUUAAGUGCCUCAGUCCAUCAGCAACGGUUUGUCAUCGAGGAUAAAUUCGAAUUAAAUCUCGCAAAUCUAUUUUUUUUUUUCAGCGCGCUAAAUUUAUCAGCCGUUAGCCGCUAUGAAUAUUUAAACGCCCACGUGACAAAUAAUCUACAUGAAUUUGAAAGAACGCGCCGUUUGGUCUUUUAUUGAAGUAAUGUCGUUUCAGAACAAUGCCAGUCUUAACGUUUAAUAUAUUUUUAAACACCAUUUUAUAAAAAAAGAGAGAAAUAAAAGAUUGCGGCUAAUAAAAACAUGUUUGUUGCAGUCUGUUACUGUAAACGAUGUUUCUCAGAUAGCACACGCACGUCUGCAUGAGGUCUGUUAAAGAUCGCUUCAUCUGGAAAGCAACUGCUGUGUACAAACAUCUUAUAGAUGUCUUUAAGAUGUCAUUUUUACAUAAUCAUAUGCAUCACUUGUCAUCUGAUAGGAAAGGUCCCAUAGACGUCCUGGAGAUGUAAAUGACAUCUCUGUGAUACCUGUGCUAUCAGGGUUAGUUAUUAGAUGUUCUCUUCCCUUUGGUACUGUUAUAGUUUUUGACCUGUUCUUUAGUAUUAUUCAUAAACAGCAAACAAACAGAAUUCUUGUUUAUAUUACAUAUUAUUAUUUAUAUUUGUUGUUUUGUUCGGUUUUUAUCAGUAGUGUUUUAUUCUGAUGUUGGAAACUGUAAUUUUGUGGUGGGUAAAAGUGUUGUUGUUUUUCUUUAUCAGUGUAAAUAGAAGAGAGCAGUGACUAACUUCCCUCACUUUAAAUAAAGCUGCAGUCUGUUCAAA